CCUCUUAAUUAAUCAAUAACUUUUAGCGUGCUUCGAGUCCGUAGUGUUAAUACACUUUAUAGGUGCAGAGAUAUUUUUCUCAUAAUAGAUUGCUAUGACGAGCACAUGCGAAAGGUGGAUUGAUCGUCUUCCAUUCUCAUCGCUGUUCUGGCCCUCACCUCAUGAUGCUCAGCAGCGGCAGGUUCAAAUUACUGCUUAUGUUGAGUAUUUUGGUCAAUUUACAUCAGAAAGGUUUCCUGAAGACAUUGCUGAGCUAAUCCGAAGUCGUUAUCCAUCCAAGGGAAAGUGCCUUCUUGAUGAUGUUUUGGCAAUGUUUGUCCUCCAUCAUCCAGAACAUGGGCACGCUGUUGUUCAUCCAAUUAUUUCAUGUAUAAUUGAUGGUACAUUGGUGUAUGACAAGGAUAGCCCUCCAUUUAGUUCUUUCAUUUCUUUGGUCUGCCCAAGCAGCGAGAAUGACUGUUCUGAACAAUGGGCUCUAGCAUGCGGGGAAAUUUUGCGGGUAUUGACUCACUAUAAUCGGCCAGUUUACAAAGCUGAAAAUCAGAACAGUGAAGCAGAGAGAAGCAGUAGUGGCAGCUAUGCCACAACAAGUACCUCUUCUGAGAAGGAAGCCUGUAAUUCAUCUUCGCAGCAACAUGAGAAAAAACCUAUAAGACCGUUGUCUCCCUGGAUUACUGAUAUAUUGCUUGCUGCACCUCUGGGUAUUAGAAGCGAUUAUUUUCGAUGGUGUGGUGGGGUCAUGGGUAAAUACACAGCUGGAGGAGAACUGAAACCACCUACAACUGCUUCUGGUCGUGGAUCUGGGAAGCAUCCUCAGCUUAUGCCAUCAACUCCCAGAUGGGCUGUUGCUAAUGGUGCUGCUGUUAUACUAAGUGUCUGUGAUGAGGAAGUUGCACGAUAUGAGACUGCUACUUUAACAGCCGCUGCUGUACCUGCACUUUUGCUUCCUCCUCCAACAACAGCUUUAGAUGAGCAUCUGGUUGCUGGGUUGCCAGCUCUCGAGCCAUAUGCACGUUUGUUUCAUCGGUAUUAUGCCAUUGCCACUCCAAGUGCCACACAAAGACUUUUACUUGGACUUCUUGAAGCGCCACCAUCAUGGGCUCCAGAUGCACUUGAUGCUGCUGUGCAGCUUGUGGAACUGCUCAGAGCAGCUGAAGAUUAUGCAUCUGGUGGCAUGCGGGUAAGUAGUGUCCUAACUUGGACCAUAUUUGUUUUUGGCCCAUUUAGGCCAUACCGUUGUUUGUCGGUUCUGCACCAGAAUUUGAACAUAUGUCAAUAAAGAUCUAUCACGAAGUAGAAUUGUU